GUGCUUUUGUUUCUUUUCUUUUUUAUCUCUCGAAGUAACUAACUGGAAGAAUCUUCUUGUCUGAGAUGCAGAAUGAAUAUUCAAGUUAGCAGCAUCAGUAGUACCAUAACAAGAACACAGCAAAAGGCAUCAUCAUCUCGAAAACCACCUUUCUGUUCCAGUAGAAAGCCUCAAGAUCCCAAGGAAAAUGGUGACACCAAUGGUGAUAAAUUCUCAACAGACUGGGACAAGGCGUGGUCUAACUUUAGGAAGAAAGGGAAAAAAGCAUUCUUCUCUCAGUUCUCUCCAAACAAGUACGUGACCUGGAAUCCUAAGCGCUCGAACUACCCACUGUCUGAAGAAGUUGAUCCAAUCAAGAGAGCAGAGAGGUCAAACCUCAGGUUAUGGACCAGCCCAGAGUUUACUCUAGGGGGGGCGAUUAUAAUUGUCACGUUUCUUUUGGUUUACACCAUUGUUGUACCAUCUAGCGGCGGGUUCAUGUUUGGCACGACUUCUGACUUGGAUCGUAGGUUGUCCAAAGUAUGCAGCAACACAGCAACACAACAUCACUGGCAGAAUGGGUUUUGGCAAGUUGGCUUGUGGUUUGAUUGGUUUAAGACCAAGGCAACUCGUUGCGGGUUAGGUAGUUUUCAGCAUUUAUCAGCAUUUGGUUGUCUUGGGUGA